CUCUCCCCUCCUCUCUAUCCGUUCUCUCUCUCCGACCGAUGGAGCAGGGCGAGCGGCGGCUGGCAAAAGCGGGCGACAGGCGGGACGGAGCGGCUGGCCGGUGGAGCAGGGCGGGGCUGCAUCGGGCGUCGCGACGGACCUCGCCGCGGGGCCGGGGCUAGCCGCCGCCGCCGCCGGCAAUCCGAAUGACGAUGGGGGAGAUGGAGGCCGCCAUCGCCGCCCUCCCCGCGAAGAAGGAGGCGCUGCAGGAGAAUGGCUGGCCGCAGGGAAUCCUCCAGUUCACCCACGGCGCUGCUUCUGCUUCUGCUGUUGCUGUUUCUGCAUCAUCUUGCCCUGUUAAAAAGACACAGUGCCCUUGUUCUUUCGCAAUUGCAACUAGCAUCUCCUUCUCUACUUCUACUCACUUCACACCUCAGCUCAGCUCAUCUCCUGUCAUCUCAGCUCAGCUCAGCUCAGAGAGAGAGAGAGAGAGCUGCAGGUGUGAGCUGAUCACCAGGAAGCAGAGGCUUUUUUCAGAUUACAGUUAUAUAUCUGAAACAACCAGAUUCAGAAUCAAUCAGCAAAGACAGGCGCCGCGGAAGCCACCGAGGCCGGAAAGGACGACGAUGAUGGCGAUGGCGAUGGCGGAGGAUGGGUCGGCGUCGUGGUUUCAGUACUCAGAGGAGAUGCUCCUGCCGAUGCCGCCGACGCCCUUCUGCACAACGCCGGCAGUCGCCGCCGUCUGCGCUCUAUGGCCCCGCGUGCCGCGGACCUGACCUAGCCCGCUGUCCCGCGUGUCGAUACCCGGGGGGGGGCCGGACUCAAGGGAUUCAUUCUUUUUCGCACUAAUGGAGGACAUGAAUUCUGGGCAAAUUAUCUAUGUUACAGUCUAUUAAAAAAAGGACUUCUAAUAAGAAAUUCUUCUGCUAAAGAAUAGGCUCGCCUAUAAAUAGAAGCUUCGGCGCACUCUAUAUUUUGCGGGACAAGAAAGAAAGAGUCAAAGCCAUGGAUAUCGCUGCAAGACUAUCAGCGAUUCCUCAAGAAAUCGCUGAUAUAGAAAACACUAAGCUCGAACUAGAGCAAAUGCUGGGUGUCCUCGGGGAGCCUUUAUUUCUGGCUUUCGUCGAUCCAGCAGUGAUCAUACAAGAUGAUAUAGUUCUUGUUCAGAACCAAAUCCGCAUUCUUGAAAACAGGAAGAAGGCGCUGCUGGAAGAACAGCAAUCGCUCAUCGUGAUGGCUGCCCACCACGGUGACUAAAAUAGAAAAAGGUAGUUACUCGUCUAUCUCAACGUAAAUGAACGAAGUCACUUAAGGCUUCCUACUACUACUGCUCCUUCUUACUUAUUUUCCUUAAAUCAUAAUAUCUGACUAUCAAUACUUGUAUAUAAUGAAAUAAAACAUGGUGUCCAACUUAGUGGUAAGGAUUAUUACUAAUUAUUUCCACUAGUGUUGGUGAAAUAUGUAUAUACAGGUAUUUUGAGAAGAAAACACAUCCGUCGAGCGACAAACUGCACCUCUGUGCAUUCAGGAUACAUUUACACGUAUUGGAGGCCCCAUAAGUCAAUUAAAAAACUGCAAAUGGGCCCAACCAUCAUGCCAAUGGGCUGAGGGUCUCAAAAUUAGUGUCCAGGAGGAAAAACAGGUCCAACGGAGCCCUCCUGGGUUCGGCCGAACCACUUAUGAGGCUGUUGAUCGCGAGAUUCGACGUGGACGGCCCUGAUUACUUCCUGAUGGUGGUUCCGGGGUAGCUUGGUUAUUUCGCAUAGGCUGUAACAGUCAUACCUGCCUAUAAAAGGAGGAGCCUACUCUCAUUUCCAACACACAACUUUGAGCUGAAUUACAAGAGACUCUAUUGUAUCUUUUGUUCAUUAGAAUAAGGUAGAGAGUGAGGGGAAGCUCUCGAGGAGUGCCCGGAAGUUUGGCGCUCAUCCGACUUCUACCUCGAUGAGUGUAGCUUCUUAGGAGGAAUUCCGGAGGAGUACCGGAGCUGUCGGUACACUCUGCUCCAGGUUCGGAGAACUUCUUCUAUAAAGUAAGUAUUCGUGUUC